AUGGCGAGAUUGCUCAAAAUUAAAAAGAGGAACAUCGUGUUGGUUAAACCGCGGGAUUGGGAGGUCCAGAAUAUCACCUAUGUUCCAAUCGCCUAUAGCCGGGGGCACGGCGGGUCGGGCUUCCGACACCUCGACCACCGGCGUAAGCUGGGGGAGGGUCUGAUCGUUACGGCCAGUGCUAACCUGUCGGGAAUGAACAUGUUCUUGCAACAAUUCCAAGCGGUCGUCCUCCUGGGGUGUCCCUCCCAAGGCGCUCGCAGGUCUUUUAUGGCUCUUCUCCUCUCCCUCGCGUUUUCAUUUCCCAUGUGGCUGCCACGCUUGGCAGGCCUCCUCUCAGCCAGUCUUGCCGGACAAUCAUUACGCGAUGGCAGACUCCAGAUACACUGUCGAUUCAAUCUCUGGCAUCUCGCACACACAUUGGUGUUCUCCAGUUUCGUGCAACGUGGCUUUUGGUUAUGGCACUGGUUGCAGGCAGCCCGGCGAAAAAAUGUAUUCACGAUGACUCCUAAAUGGAGCGAUGGGGCUGAGAGAGCAUUGUGA